GCAAAAUUUAUCGCACAAUCUACCCGUCACGCUUUUGGAUUUUCUUGCGCAACCACCGUUGCCAUUCUUCGUUGCAACGUACAUCCGCACUCGAGCAAGCCACGUCGACUAUCUUCAAUUUCUUCGCUUUGGUCCAACCGUAUUUACGAGUGCAGGAAUACCCCAGUCGACAUGGACACAGCCGUCUCCGAGUCUACUAUCCAGCCCACAGGAAAAAGCACCGCCGCGCCAGAGCUGGGCAAUACUACAGCAGCAGGAGCAGAAACAGUGGUAAGCACAGAGGUUCCCGACGCCGCCGGUGCGGUGGUGUACGGCCCGGACUGGCCCGCCGGCUACCGGCCCAGCCACUCGCUCAAGGACGAGGUGUCGGAGGACGGCAUGCGCCACAACCUGCUCAAGAUCUUCUGCGACACGCCCGAGGGCCGCACGUACGAAGGCCUGGCCACGGACGAGGAGCGGCUCGCCUACAUGCGCGCGCACCACCAGGACAAUACGUGGCACGUGCAGCCGGACGAGCGCAUCCUCGAGGACUGGGACGAGGGAAAGUGUUAUGUCGUCAAGAUCCUGUCGCCCGAGGGCCAGGCAUUGGCCAGACUGGACCCGCCAGAAGGAGAGGAUUGGGAGGACCCGGAGUGCGAGGGGUACCUUGCCUGGCUCGACUUUUUCAAGAAGAACGCGUCGUACGUCGAGGAGCUGCUGCCGGGAAACAGGCUUCCGGCGUGCUCGAUCGAGGAGAGUGGAAGCACAUGAAGAAGCUUCAUCUCCUCUCUCCCACUCACUACUGAUGGCUUGCAUCUGUCUUUUUUUUAGAAGGGGAUACAUUCAGACUAGGCAGCGCGAGGCUGAGAGCACUGUGCAACAUGCAGGCAAACGAACGCCGCCCGUCCAAAUCCACAUACGUGUUCGACGACAAUGAUAUGGAUACAGAAUCAGUGCUGAUUUCAUCUCCAGGAGUGAGAAGCCAUGUGGGCAACAAAACUUGGCAUCAUAUCUGGAGUU